CAAUCUGUUGCCAGCCGUUGGAUUGCUUCAACGGUGGAGAGCAGCUGACUGCGUGCUCCUGCCUUCGGUGGGCGACGGCAGGCGAUCCCAGUCCAGCACCCCCCCUCCCUCCCUAUCUCUCUGAUCUCUCCCUCGCUCUCGCAGCCGCCACUGUAGAAGCUUCGAGGCUGCUGCUGCGCCCAUGGCCGCGGAAGCCAAGACGCCGUCCCUCGCUGAGGAUUUUUCUAGUCAAGUAUUGAACAUUCUUCUAGAAUGCUACAAGGAUUAUGGGUGGUAUUCGGAAUAUUCACUUCCACCACAGGAAGUUCCAGUGGAAAAGGCAGCUGAGGAGAAGCCCUCUAGUGGUACUGAGACUGAAUCUGCUCCUUCAACCAAUGAUGAGACUCCUUCAUCUGUAGAAGAUAAGAAUGAAACGUCUGAAGUACAAGAUGCUGCUGAAAAGUCAGACGCAGAAGAAACUAACACUGCUGCAGAGGAAGCAAGUGAGACUGCCGAGGAGGAAGAGGCUGAGAAACCUGAGAUCAAGAUUGAAACAGCUCCAGCAGAUUUUCGUUUCCCAACAACAAAUCAAACGAGGCAUUGUUUCACACGCUAUGUUGAAUACCACAGGUGUGUGGCUGCAAAAGGUGAGGAUGCACCUGAGUGUGAUAAGUUUGCCAAGUACUAUCGAUCCCUGUGCCCAGGUGAAUGGAUUUUGCCGGCAUAGGAGUACAUCUUUUCAAAGCUAAUUAUUAGGUGCUUGUUGGCGAUAGACGGACCCAUCGGUCUGCUCAUCGGCGGCCCCGACCAUCGCAUCAAAUAUUUUGACUAGAGCAGAGGAAGUGACCACGGCGCAGGUGCUGGAUUUGUCUUCCGGUUCCGAGGGCGAGGUGUCGGCGCACUCGCCUGAUCCCAAUCGCCCCUCUCAGAAGCCGGGUGUAGAUCCCAAUCGCCGGGUUGGCGACAAUGGUUCUAGCGCCGUGGACAGCCUCUUCGAGGAAGCGGGCGCGGCGAGGCCACCGCGUCACCCCAACAACGCGCUGAACAAAGGGAAGGAGUCUCGGGUCGUCGAUGUCGAUGUGGAGAGCAGUUAUCUCUUCUCCACCUCUCUCUCUACCAACUAAGCCUAUGGCUGUGGGGGAUAACCACGCCGGAGAAGACGACGAACCGCGGCUACAACCUUCGUAGCUGAGGACCCCCUGCUCUAGACGCCCAGGCCCUUGACAGUUUGAUUUUUGCCAAUGCGUGCUUGUGGGUUAGGUGGGCAUGGAUUUCUUAGCUUUGAGGACCGAGCCAAAUUGGCCUGCCUUUACUAGCAAGGUUUUGGUUUUCCCAUUGUCAAGGCUAGGCAUAAUCUUAGGAGUUCAUAAUAAACCUGAUACUGUAGUGCUUUGGCUAUUAAAUUUUAAUAACCAUGAUUAUAGUGACGUAGAAAAUUGUUUAAUAUUGGUCUUGGUUCAUAACUUGUACCCAGUAGUAAGUUGAUUUUUUUUUCAGUUAAAGGUUAACCACCUGAACAUAACUAGUUAACCGAGAUUCAGGUAUUUAAUAUGUUUGCCUACUGAAUGGAAACCGAUAUGGUUGCUUUUUUUUCCUGGACUGUCUAUUCAAUAGCUUCAUAUAAUUGUUCAAAUCUGCAUAUAAAGUAAAUUUAAGGAUGCUGGGCAGUAUUAGGAUUUGAAUUUGUUCCAGUUGUGAAUAACACGGGUUAGUUAACGUGGAGCUUCAGUCCAAUAUCUGCACUUAUUGGCUUUAUUGAAGUGAAUUGGCAGUUCACAGUACUACAACAUUAGCAUAAUAGAUUCACAGGAUAACGCUCCAUUCCGUAUGGCCGUAUUUUGCCCAUGUGCAUACUGUAAACAUCUAAUGGUGUAAACAUAUUUUGUAAAUAGCUGACCUUACACACAUUAAUUAUGCAUAAUUGAACGAGAGUUUCGUGCCUGUAACUCUACUGCCUGACUUCACCCAGAACACUAACUGAGCUGUUCCCAAAUAAUGGUCAGCCCCUCAGCUUGUCCUGUUACCGUCUUGGCAUCUUAAGCUCGACUGAGCUGUGUUCAAUGUGCAGGUUGAACGCUGGAACGAGCAGCGUGAAAAUGGCACCUUCCCUGGACCUCUGUAAUCCUACAAUGCAAAAAGAAUUAGGAACUCACGAUGUUGUGCCGGCCUUCUCCUUGGUAACUGGCGCCAAGUUAGCAGGGAGAGAGACAAAUCAUCCUCUUUGGAGCUCUCUACAAAAUAAGAGAUUCUUUUUGACUUGAAGAAUGCCUUGUUGCUCUUCCUAACGGUCUUGUUCUGCGCUGCUGAGAUAACAGCGUCACAGUUACAUUUUUGUCCGUAUAUACAGUUUUAAAAAAUGAUUCAUGAUUCCCCCAUCUUUGCACCGUAACAACCCAGCUUGACUGGGCUUACGGUGCAAAUCCGAUGCACUGAGAUCAUCUUCUUCAUAAUAGUCGGUGCCUCCGGGCGAUAGACAUGCAUAAUAAUAGGUGCCUGUAUGGUAAGGCUUGUUGGGGUUUCUUCAGCUUUACAAAGCUGUUUUUCAGCUUCAUCUAAUAAACAGGUCUGGAUAAAAUGGCUUCUUGAAAGUUGUUUUUCA